GGAAUACAGUCAAAUAUCUGGCUAUAAGGUCAACUUGACCAAGUCUAGUGCCAUACGGAUGCACCUGUCGGCCACCGACGAGGAAAUGGUCAGCUCCACAAUGCAACUACGCCUCCCAGACUCUAUCAAGUACCUAGGCAUCUGGGUCACCAAGGUUAAGGGGGCCCUACACAAAGCCAACUAUCAUUCUUUGAUCCAAGCCAUUAAGAGGGACCUAGAG